AUGCCCGCUCAACUAAACGGGUCAAUGACCGCCAGCAUCCCCAUCCGAAUACCAGGCGACCAGACCUCAACCCAACCCCAGACCGCUGUUUUUUACAAGCAACACAAGCACUCAAGAUCUUCUUACUCCGAUUCUUCUCCGCUUGCGAGCUCUAGAAAUAACUCCCUGACUUUCCGUCCUUAUAAGAGGCUCAUGUCAAACCCGGACAAGACGAUCGCGGUCAUCAACGCCAGCGGGCGACAGGCUGCGUCCUUCAUUCGCGUGGCCACUGCCGUUGGUUACCAUGUUCGCGCCCAGUUGAGAAAUCUCGACGGCGUUGUCGCUGCCGAAGUGUCGGGGAACCCUAAUGUGACCGUCUUUGUUGGUGAGCUGUAUACAAGACACAAGCCCUCUGAAGAAAACCGCGAUGUCACCAAACAUGGACCCAUCGCCGGUGUCGGCGUGAAUUACGACCUGAUCGCAAGUCUCUUCCGAGGUGCUCAGCUAGCCUUCAUUAAUACCACUUUUUACGGCGACGAAAUCCAAAUCGGAAAGGCCCUUGCCGAUGCCGCCAAGCGCGCAGGAAUUCAACACUACGUUUACUCAUCGAUGCCCGACCACGCCGCUUACAACCCAGAAUGGCCCUCAUUGCCUCUCUGGGCCGCCAAGCACGAAGUUGAGCAGUAUGUGCGCAAACUCAGAAUACCAGCCACAUACGUGUACACCGGCAUCUACAACAACAAUUUCACAUCUCUUCAGUACCCACUCUUCUGUAUGGAGCUGCAAAAGGACGGCUCUUUCAGAUGGCAAGCACCUUUCCACCCUGACGCCAAGCUGCCCUGGUUAGAUGCCGAGCACGAUGUCGGUCCUGCGGUUCUCCAAAUCUUCAAGGAUGGCCCUGCCAAGUGGAGCGGGGAGCGCAUAGCACUUGCAUAUGAAUACUUGUCUCCCAAGGAAGUGUGUCGACUCUUUUCCAAGGGUGUUGGUCGCCCUGUGCGCUAUGUGCGUGGUCCCAUCGAGACCAAGGUCCGAAUCCCCGAAGGCUAUCGAGAGCAGCUCGUCGGUCUAGAGCAACUGUUCGACCCAAACCAAAAAGAUCCUCGAAAGCAACCACCAUACUUUGGCGACCCAAAGGUUGAACUAAGCUGCCCAAGUGAAGCCCUGGAGCUAUGGGAGGGCCCUCGAGGGAUCGAAGAGUACGCAAGAGAGAUGUUCCCCAUAGAAGAGGAAGCCAAUGGUCUCACAUGGAUGCUCGACGACGAUGCAAGCGACGACGAAGAGGUGCACAACGCAGCAACCUCUGUUGAGCAAUUAAGAAUCCACGACGGCGACGAUGAUGACAGCGAUGACGAUAAUGACGAUGGGCUAGUUAUUAAAGGCCGCAAGCGUGACGAGGAAGAGUGGUUAGCAUAA